AUCCUCCUUCUGAUAUCGCCGCUAAGGACUGUGACCACCGGAUCCAAUCUAAGAAGAAAAUGGGAGGAGCUGGAGGAGAAGGAGGCGGCGAUUUCAGAGCCAAAGUAUGGAGCAUGUCUGGUGGGCCUUACUGCAGGCCCAAGCACUGGCGUCGCAACACCGCCUUUGCGAUGCUCGGCGUUUUCCUUGUCUGCAUCCCCAUUGCCAUGAAGUCUGCCGAGCUCGAGCAAAGGCCGCACAUGCCCGUACGUCCAAUUCCUUCUCAGAUUUGGUGCAAGAACUUUGGAACCAAGGACGAUUACGAAAAAGAGCAUUAAACACUCUUGUUUUGCUUCCUGUUGAGACAACUCUCUUUGCCUUUGUUUCUUGUUUUGCAGACGACAAUGUGAGCGCAUGACAAAACCCCUUCUAGAUUUUUCACACUAUUGUGACCAUAAUAAUAACAAUCUGUCUUUGCCUUGCCA